AUGGCGGGUUCGAGUAGAAGGGGCAAGACCUUGGACCAGGUCAAAAUCAGCUAUCCUCACGUCCCCGACCAUGAUUUGCCAACGCCCGACAAGAAAUCAUGGUCGACACGCGUGAUGCCCAACGUCGAAACAAACGUUAUUCAACCCGGACUCUUCAACAGGGACGCUUUCAGGUCGAGCCAAAAGCUCUUGGCCCUCCCGCACAUACCAGAAAAUACCUGCUACCGCAAUUCUACCCUAGCCGCCAUCUUUAACCUGGCACCUUUUGUCAAUUUUGUGACGAUGAGAAGUGAGGGCGCGGGUAAUAUGACUGCUUUAAAGCCUGAUCCAAAGAAUUCCUCUCUAUUCUUCAGAUACCUUGCGGAUGUACACGAGCAGUUCCGCUACGGCACAGCAGCAAAUAGGGAAUCCCUUUUGCAAAAGAAUGUGGUCCGUUUCUGGAAUUACAUACUCAAACACCGUGGUCCUUUCAAUGUCCAUGGGCUCGAGACAAAUAGGACAUGGUCUUUCAUCGUUGAGAAAAGAGGAGAUUACGAGGCAGAGGAUCCAAACGAGUUUUAUACUUACCUGAUUGAACGAAUUGGAUUCUUUGAACUGAAGGGCGCCAACGACGAGGCUGCGCAAACAUUUUUCAGAGCAUUUCAAUACGAGUUUGUCACCAGGGUGGCAUUCGACUGUUGCGCGAAAGCCAAGGGAAAAAAGAUCAGAGUCCAAGACCACGACCACGCGUUUGCCCCGGUCAUCGAUGUCGGCGUCGCUAGAACUGUGGCCAAAGACUUCCAAGAGGCACUCAGCCGAAAGUUCUACAACGAUAAUCCUCGGGCGCGCACUUGUCCUUACUGCAGCAAGGAAAAGACUUAUCCCACGUUUUACAAAUUUUCCUACAUGCCCGAAGUGCUGCCCAUUGGCUUGGACUACAACCAAGAGUGGGAUCCUAAACAAAACUCCAUGACAGUCGACAUGAAGACCCGUCCUAAUCUGCCCCAGUUGAUCGACUUGACGGACCUGCGCGAUGAUGAUUCGUUGCCCGAACAUGAGGAUACCAAAGACGGGGAUCAGUGCGUCUACAGGCUCGAGUCCUUUGUUGCGGCGCCCUUCGACCUCAGGAGUGGCGGUGUCUCGCACUAUGUCGCAUACUUGCGCCGCGACGAGGACACGUGGGAUUUCAUCAACGACCUUGGCGGCGUCCAGAGGACCACAAAGGAAGCAGUGUGGAAAACAAGCGGCUUUCGCCCAAGACUUGCCUUUUACGUUCGAGACCGGACCGGGACCAAGCCGGGUCAAUUGAUGACCCCGAGUCCAACUCCAGCCCCUCCAGACGAUCUCAAGCGAGGGCGUCCCACAAGCCCAACUCCAGAUCCCGAAGACAAGAGGAAAGGGAAGGGUAAAAAGGGCAAGACACAAAAGACUGAGAAACCAACUCCAGAGAAAAAAAAGACCAAGACAAAGGGUUUCCCUGACGAUCCAUUUUCUAAUGCAAACACAAAGAACGAAACGGGAAAAACUCCCGAUCCGGUGCCAGCAAAUACAACCACCAGCACGGGUGGAGGCCUUUUUGGCGGUAUUAGCCCUUUCACUGGUAUUAGCCCUUUCACUGGUAUUAGCCCUUUCACCGGUGGUACGUUGCAUCAGCCGAAUACAAGUUCAGGCACGCAAGGGGGCGACAGUAAAGGUUUUGGAGGUUCAUUCGCAAACCAAAAUGGAGUUACAACCCACGGUGCUGGCUACAAUGGCUCUGCAGACUAUGGUAUCUAUUCGAGUUUCUUUGAAGAGGAUACGGAGGACAUUUCUCAAAUCACAGGGACGGGCUAUGAUUUCUACCGGGGAUCAAAGCCUACUGAUGAAACCGAAUUCAAGAAGGAGCUCACUCCCUUUUCUUUGGGGCCAACCAAGAUACUUGAUCCUAAGAAGCUAGAGGAGCAGACGCCGCCACCACCACCGCCGCCGCCGCCGCCAAACCAGGAGACAGAAACCCAGAAAGGGAAGACUGAAUGGGAUUUGUACAAAGCAUUCCUGGACGGAAAUGAGCAGGAGGAAGUAAAGCGCCAAAAGAGCCAGGACGGGAACACAAAGCAAGAAGAGAAGAAGCAGGCAAAGCCUAGAAAGAGGAUGGGGCUUCGAGGUGGCGCCGGCAGUCUCAAAAAGAGCAAGAAGGACAAGAAGGAUAAGAAGAAGAAGAAGGAGAAGGGGGUGAAACUCGAGGACGGCAUGACCGAGGAGGAGAGCAAAAUGUACCAGGAGGCCCUCGAGAGCGCCAGGAUAACCCUACAACACAUCAAGGACAAGAACGAGUGGCGUAAGGAAGUGGAACGGCUCAAGGAGGCGUACGGCGAGACCAAGGGCGGCAAACUGAAGUUCCUGAUUCAGAGGCCCGGGCCGGUCCCUACAGAGACGCCGCCGCCGCCGGCCACCUGGGCCUCCGUACCCGGGAUUCGCGUCCCGUGUUCGAUUGACACGGACGAGAACGACCCCCGCAUUGCAAAGAGUGCCAAGUGGAAGCUCAAGAAGUUCCAAAAGGUAUUUGAUGAAGAAGGACUCAACCCGCCCGCCGGCAGGAGCCAGGACCCCGAGAUCUGGCGUGUCUACUGGCUGCGACACUUUGUCCAAAAGAACCGCGACUAUACCAUGUACAGCAUGUCCAAGCUGCAGCAUACCGCCAAUGUGCUGGGCCUUGACGUCAAGGGCAAGGGGGCCCGCAAGGCGCCCGUCAAGAACGACUUUGUCAAUGUCUUUAAGCGCGAGGACCUAAGACGACUGUUGGAGUACAAGUUGCACAACGGCCCGGCCCCGGUGGAGCUGGCCGGUCCUGCUAGUGAUGAUGAGCCAAUCGACACGGAGUCCGAGGAGGAGGAGGAGGAGGAGGAAGAAGAGGAAGAGGAAGAGGAGGAAAAAGAAAAAAUCAAGGGUACCACUCCUAUUACAGCUCGCGCCGCUCACGCGUCCGGUCGCUCGAGACGCCAGUCUAGAGACUCUCGGACGCCUACACGGAAGCGAAGGGGUAGAUCGCCCAUUCCUCGCCCAAGAAAGAAAAGGAGCCCUCCCCCUCCCCCUUUGGUUGAAUCGUCUUCUUCUUCGUCCUCCUCAUCAUCAUCAUCUUCUUCUUCCUCGCCUUCACCAUCACCACGGCCUAUCGUCGAAGAGUCUUCAAGUUCGUCUUCUUCACCAUCGCCUGUCGAAGAAGAAGAGUCUUCAAGUUCGUCAUCGGCUGAAGAUGAAUCUUCGACGCCACCCGGGCCGCCUCAGCCGCAGUUGGUGGAUGGCGACAAGAUCAAGCACGCAAAUGUCAAAGAUAUCCCCGCCUUGAUGGAUACAACCGCCACAGAUGAAGACCUCGAGGGCUGGGUCAAGAAGUAG